UAAGGGUAAUUGAGAGAUGAAUCUAAAAAAAAAAGGAAGCAGCAGGGGGCCGCGUUCCAGCGCGUUGCCACGCGAACGUGCUCGAGCACGAGACGCUCGAGAAACGCAUCAGCCAGAGUGACGCGUUCACGUGCGUUCGGACGCCGGGUCGAGAGGACAACGGAGGCAACGGUGGCUGCCCCGAUGCUGCCGUGGAAGGCCGCGGCCCGCUUCCCAGCAGGCAACAGCAACGGUGGCGUGCUCUCUUCCGUGGUUCUCGGCGGCAAGCUACUGCUGGGUGACGCCGGGACUGGGCUGAAGGCUGUGCCGUUCGGGUGCUGCGGCCGGCUCUGUCGCGGUUUCUUCCCAUACCAGGCAGGGCAGGUCCUGCAGGACUUCAUCUGCGACCUGAAGAGGCUCUGUUUCACCGGAUUUUCAUCGGUGACAGCCACAUUGGCUGGAAGCAGCCACCUGACGGUCCUCGCCGCCGUCGUGAAGUUGUCAGUCCUGCUGCUCAACCACCCACCCCAUGGUUACGCCGUUGACCUGAUUACUGUACACGAUCACGACAAUACUGCAGCCAGGCAACGCAUCACCACUUGGAUCUCCUGCGAGACAUGGGGGGAUGCCCUCCACCUAGAGGAGCUGACUCGGUCACUGGCUUUUCAGUGGCCGUGUUCGCGCGUUCGCCGCAUGUCACCUGUGCCCUGGAUGGCCGCACAAGAAAGCCACCGAGUCCACCCAAGAUCCACGGACGAGGCCAGUCGGUUGGCGGCCACGGCAGCCACAGUGGAGAGCGCACAGAAUUAAGUGGCCGUGGGGCUCGGCAAGGCAGGGGAUUGCCACCGAGGGGUAGUGCCGGGAGCGACGACUAAUGAACACUCCUUCGGGGCUUGAACAUCUUGGAUACUCCACGUCGAGAAGUGCACCACU